GAAGAACUUUCUCUUGCUGAUUGCAAACAUAAUGGGUGGGGUAAUCAUAACUGUUUAUAUUCUGAAGUGGUAUCAUUGAAAUGCUUCGACGAUUCAUUUACCAACCAUAUAAAUUCAACGACGAACAUAACUUGCGGUAAAAUUAAAUUGCAUAAUUCCAAGAGAAAGAAACGACAAGUAAGGGUAACUGGUGGCUUGGAGACAGUAAGGGUAUGCAUCCAUGGCAAGUAAAUAUUCAACGAAGAAAGAAACGAAGAUGGAUUCAUUGGUGUGGUGGUACAAUUAUCAAUAACGAGUGGAUAUUGAGUGCUGCACAUUGUUUUGAUGAUUUCGUACGAUCAUACGAUGGUUUGAGUGCUAAAUUAAAUAUUAAGGACAUACGGGUUAUUGUUGGAGACCAUGAUCUAACGAAACAUGAUGAAUAUGAAAAAAAGCUUGACGUCGAAUAUAUUGUGAAACACUGGAAUUACAUUGAUUUCAAACGAAUAUACAAUAACAACGAUAUAGCAUUGCUUAAAGUAAAAUCAACAGGUGGCAUAACAUUCAAUGACUAUAUACAGCCAGCUUGUUUGCCAGAAGAUUUGACUCUGCUUUUAUCUGAAACAAAAUGCGAAGUGUCUGGCUGGGGAAAGACAAAUUUCCUUGGUGAAAUAUCAGACAAAUUAAAGGUAGCUGAGGUACCGAUCAUACCAAAUCACGUUUGUCAAAGUAACUACCAACAAUAUUCCAUUGAUUUUGAAAAAGUGAUAUGUGCCGGUGAUACCACAGCUGAUACAUGCCAAGGGGACUCUGGAGGACCUCUCAUUUGUGAAAUCAACGGUCUUAGUACAGUUAUAGGAAUAACAUCAUGGGGUAAAGGGUGUGGUCAAGAGGAAUCUCCUGGUGUCUACACAAAAGUAUCAGAAUAUAUCAGAUGGAUAAAUGAUCAAAUUACCAACCACCAAUUAGAAGGUUGCAUCCUAUCUGAUGACCAACGCUUCAUGUACAUGGAUAUGAAUGGAGUAGAAAUAAAACCCGGAGAACGAAUUGCUAUCGGAACUUCAUUGAAGGCACAUUGCAGAUUUAAUGAUGAAUAUUCGUAUCUAACAUACGAUUAUGAUUAUUAUAACAAUGAUACUUACACAGCAAUGGAUGACAAGACAUUAACUUGCGAGGGAGAUCGUAAAAUGUCUCAGAUACAAAAGCAAUGUCCUGAAGCGGGGAAAAACAACGAAUGCAUGAGUAUCGAUAACGGACUUGUAGCUAAAACAAAAGAUUACUACAUUAUCUCAUGUCAUAAAGGAUUCUCAUCGAUUUUAAAUGAGAUUGAGGACGAGAGGUACAAUUGCAUUAAUGGAACAUUGAGAAGUUAUAUUACCAGGCAGGAACCUUUAUGUUUACCAGAUCCUUGUCCUGUUUCGUACGAUAUGGACAGGUUUCUGACGAUAUCCGACAAAUACCGUAUAUAUCUUUCCGGAGGCGCUGUUGUUGAAGUGGGGGACAUUGUUUACUUCAAUUGUUCAAUGGCGGGAAAUGAUAUACACGAACCUGUAAACAGACGAUUCAAGUGUAUUAACGGUAUGUGGAUUGAGGAUGAACGAGAUAAAACUUGGAAGUUUGGAAACAAUGGAAAUUUUCCAAUAUGUAGAAAAGCAAUAUGUGAACCGGUGUGUCAAAAUGAAGGUGUUUGUUCGAGAGAUGAUUAUUGUAAAUGCAAGCAUUUCACAACUGGAAAACGUUGUGAAAACGUUGUAUGUGACGAUGAAUGCUAUGUUAAUAAUGGCGAAUGCGUUGGUCCUAGAAAAUGUAAAUGCCCAGAGUGGAAAUUUGGAACUAACUGUGAACUAAGUUCCUGUAGGCUUCCGGAAAAUAAAAAUAUGGCGAAAGUAUCCACACAAAAAACCUAUUUUGCUAUUGGCGAAACAGUUCGCACUUUUACGUGUGGCUCUGGUCAUUUUCCAUCAUCUGACCAAGGAAUGACAUGCCGAAGUGAUGGAUCAUGGUCAGAUAUAAUAACAUGUGAAAAAGGUAUUAAUAAAAAUUUAUAUUUUGUCUUAAAUAAAAAAAUGUGUCCUGGAGCAUACAACCACUGAAGAAACAUGCCAUUUUUGCAAAGAAAUUUAAGAAGAAAUUUAAAUGUUUUUUUACGAAAAUCUUGCAUAUUUUCUGUGUUAAACUUUAACAAAAAACAUUUCUGGUAAUGGAUGUAUACUUUGUUUAUACAAGACACAUUGGUAAAAUGUACAUAUACUUAUAAUCGUACAUCUAUCUAUCUAUCUAUCUAUCUAUCUAUCUAUCUAUCUAUCUAUCUAUCUAUCUAUCUAUCUAUCUAUCUAUCUUUCUAUCUAUCUAUCUGUCUGUCUGUCUGUCCGUCCAUCUAUAUAUCUAUCUACAUAUUGUACAUAUUGUUUUUUUACUUUUUUAAUCUUUAUUUAGAUUUUUUUCUCUAAAAUAUCUGCAAGUAAGUAAUUUAUAUGUAAGUAAUAUGUAUGUAUAUUUCCUAAAGUUGGAGUGGUACAUGCAUGACCAAAAUGCACAACGGUUACAACUGUACUAAAGAUAGCAUAAUUAUACGAUUAUUUUUCCCGGAAAAUUUUAUUUUUAUAACAAAUUCCAUAUGUGUUAGAUAACAGAGAGAGUCUUUGUAACAACCAUUUCCAGAAUCGAACAUAAUUCUAUUGACACAACAUUUAUUUACCGUUUACUAACUUAAUCAAUAUAAUUGUAGAUAUGUUUUUACAAUUAAUUUACUUCCAUAAUGUACCUAUGUGUUUUACUUAUGUUAUCGACUUUAUAUCUAUUGAGAUCUCUUCAUAAAAUAUAUAAUAUUAUUCCAUUCCAUUUAUUAUAUUUCAUACUUUAAUCAAUGGUAUGUAUUAGUUUUAUUCCACAUAUCUUCUAAUGAAGAAGCAAUCAACACGCCAAAUUGAAGUCGUAUUAAAUACUGAGUAACAGCGGUAACAUCCUCUUGAAUCACAAAAUAUGAUAUCCGAAAGCUACGGGUUAAACUACAAAUUAAACGAUUCAUGAGGGUUUGUAAUCCUUAACAACAUCUCAUCGUCAUUAUCUAGAGUGCAACAGACCAAAAUUUAAAACCUUUUAACUUAUAUCCACGACAAUUAAUUUGUAUUCUUCAACUAGAUGUGACGUUAUGUUACUUUAAUACGACUGGUAUUGCUUAAUUUAUCUAGUCAAGAUAAUUUGCCAAUUUACAAUGCCAGGAAUAGAUGUGCCAACAUAUGUCCUAUUAAUUGAAUGGUUACAGACCAUGUGCAGGUAAUAAAAACUUACUUACAUUUUAAUAGCGUUAAGCUAUUACGUCACGACCAUCAGUAAAAUCGGUAUAUCUUAAACAAAACAAAUGUGUAUUUAUUAAAUUAUUAAAUGUUUUGAAGUUAUUAUGCAAUUUCUUUUACUUUUUGAUAAGGUAACUAUUACAUGAUCAGUACGAAAACGGGAAUACGUCGCUUUGCCGGAACGGAUGCCAAUGUUUACAUUACUCUGUUUGGCUCAAGAGGAAGUACAAGAAGAAUAAACUUUAUGGGGAAAUUUGAAUCUGGUGAUGUCGACGAGAUUAGAACAUUUGCCAGAGAUGUAGGGCCAAUACAAAGUGUACAGAUCGGACAUGAUGGUGGAGAAUGGCUUUUCUUAUCUAAUUGGUACCUGGAAUAUGUAUCAAUAUAUGUUGAAGAUAUGGAGGAAUUUUAUGUUUUUAGAAAUAUUAAACAACAAUGGGUAAGGGAAGGAAGUGAUCUGACCCUUGAGAGGGAAGUGCGGGAAAAUGGACGAACUGUGUACAUGACGUCAGGCGUUCAUCGAAGUUCUACGCAACAAAAGAAAUCAGUCAUGCAUCAACACAUUCGACGAGAAAUAUCUGUGGUAUCCUAGAUGGAUGUUAGUAAGGGGGUUUCUCCUUGGCAGAGGGAUGAGUAGUAGAGUCUGUAAACAAGCUUGCAUAAACUGGAGUAAGAACGUGUGUAACGGAUUCUACCGUGAUACAAUGCACACAACUUGUUAUGGUUUCACUGAAACGCGUGAUGAAUACUUUACCGUGAAAAAAGAACCUUGGAGUGGAGAACUGUUUUUCAGAACAUGCAAGAAGUUCAACUGAAGGGAUUAUACUAUACAAUUGUCGACAUGUCUUAUUGGUGAUCAAGAUAUUUUGAAGGGAUAAAAGAUAUUAAUUUACACAUACAAAAACUACCAAAAAGAAUUAAAAAUUGGCGAAUUUGUCUUUACUGCGUUACUAACACCGUAGAAAUAUUGUGAUCAUAACUACAAAAUCAUAGAUGACGCAUAACAUGCAAGUUAUUACUUGCAUCUUGAAUCUUUUUUUACUUUUUCCAAAACCUGAUUACGUUGUUCUAAAGUUUAAUUUUCUUCGAAUGUGUUGACUUUUCUGGAGGCAUGCAGCUUCAAGUACAGUUGUUAAUUAUUAUUUUUUAAACAUCUUGUCUUGACUAAUCUUGCGGCUCAUGGUCGAAUUAGUUUUUUCUUUUGUUAUUUCAUUUAUUCACUAAUUAAAAAACACUUUAAAAAAUCAUUCUACUAAUUUCAUUCUCUGUUGACCCCAGUAAUUGCUUAAGCCUAAUCAUGAUACAUUACCCAUCUGUUCCAUUGACAAUAAACAAUGAAAGUAUCGGUGCAUUCUCAGUUUCUGUUCCAAAUGCAUUUUACAUUUCAUUACGCAACAUUCCAUUUUACUGUUUCCUGACAAGAAAAAUUGUAAACGAAAAUUAAAUUCAGAAAUGCUGCUUUAAAAGAUAACAUAAUAUAAGGAGCAGUGUGACAGCAUCACCAAAAGAUAAAGGCAUCGGACUAGUUAUCUAUGGAUUGCUGGUCGCGUGCGCUUAAAACCUGUAAGGGGGAACCGUUGUGUCCUUAAAGGCUAGUAGACAUCAUAUUAACGUACUAAGUGUUACAAUUGAUUGUUUAUUUUUCAUAAUUUACCCAUCAAAUAAUCGGUUAUUAGUCCCCUACCGGUUUACCGGAGGGGACUUUAGGUUUACCCUCCGUCCGUCUGUCCGUCUGUCUGUCUGUCCGUCCGUCCGUCCGUCUGUCCGUCCGUCCGUCCACAAAACUGGAUCCCGCGAUAACGCAAAAAGUACUGAAAAUAUUUUAAUGAAACUUGAUAUAUGGAUAGAUGGCAGUACUGGCAUGCGAGCUGUUCCCGUACAAAAAUCAUAGUUACUUAAUCAUUAUUUUUUAUUACGCUCACUCACCAAUAUUUGAAUGUUACACAUCAAUAUUCGGCUCGUCACACAAAUCAUGGAAAUUCCAUCAUGUUCUAAACAUAGAAUAACCCUUACUUAUGAGGCCUCAUAUGGGGUACCGAAAUUAUCCAUUAUUUUGUAUGAAGAGAAGUAGUUCCCGUACAUAAAAUCUAACCCAUUAAAUUAUACAAUUUUAUUAUAUCGGACCUAUUUUUCAUGUACAAUUGUUGAACAGACCAUUAUCUAAGGGAUAAAUAGAUGUAAUUCAGGAAAUAGAGCGUAGACUAAACGCGGGUAUCUAUUACCCGGUACCGUUACCCCAACGCAUUAAUAUGCAGUCACAUGCUUGUAUGCAUGCUAUUUUACGCAUCAAUGCCAUAAAAUUAUUAUUUAUAGUAAUAUUGGUCAACAUUCUGAUAAUUAAACAAUUUUUCAUCUCAUUGCCUACUUAUUUGUAAACAGGUGGUAUUAGUGGAAAACCACGUGUAAGUAUUUUUGCGCAUGCGCGCAAGGACGGAAUCCCCCAGAGAAAACAAGGUCACAUUUUGACGACGCACAGGUGAAAGUGAUUUAAAAUGAAACUUUAUAUACGUACUGCCGAACUGACAAUUAGAUUUUGUCUCGUUUAUGUAUCUGCUUGAUUUGAAAUGAAUUUUUGAAGAAUGCAAGUAAAAAUCAAGCGUUUAAAUGAAAAAUACGGGUACUGCUUCUGUACGGGAACUGCUCGCAUGCCAGUAUGGAGAUUAUGCACGUCUUUUUUUUUUCUUCCUAUGUUGAAAAUUCUGGUUGCUAUGGCAACAAAUAGACUGAAAAUAUGGCAAAUUUUACACAUAACCUGGAUCCCGCGAUAACGCAAAAAGUACUGAAAAUAUUUUUAUGAAACUUGAUAUAUGGAUAGAUGGCAGUAUGGAGAUUAUGCACGUCUUUUUCUUUUCUUCCUAUGUUGAAAAUUCUGGUUGCCAUGGCAACAAAUAGACUGAAAAUAUGGCAAAUUUUACACAUAACCUGGAUUCAGUGAUAACACAAAAGGUACUAAAAAUAUGUUUAUGAAACUUGACAUAUGGGUAGAUGGCAGUAUGGAAAUUAUGCACAUCCUUUUUUAUCUUUCUAUGUUGAAAAUUCUGGUUGCUAUGGCAACAAAUAGACUGAAUUUCAAGAUUUCUGAUUCUAGUUUUUAAGUUUUUUCACUAUAAGUUUUUUUAUUUCUUAAGGUAUUUUCUUCAAACUUUAAAUAUAAGUUGCUUGUCAUCAACCACAUCAUAUGUGACAAGGUUUACAACUCUAGCACAAAAUUUAUCAGAAUUACCUCCCUUGAACUUAAAAUUUUCAUGAAAAAACAUUGUUUUUUAAUAGCUUCUUCUUCUGAAUGUAUAUACUUCAAACUUCAUAUAAAUGUGUCUUAUUGUCACUCAACAUUUGUGAGUGUUCAAUACUCUAGCAAAACUAUUUCCAGAAUUAUGCCCCUUUUGAACUUAGACUUUUUUUUUGAGAAAUUGGUAAUUUUUACUCCAACUUCUUCAAUCAUGAUAGGAUUUUAAAAAUGUUAUAUUUUGAUAACAGGGAUGUUUAAAAAAUAACUUUAGAGUGUCCUUCAGUCCGUCUGUUUGUACAUAAAAACUGUUUCCUGUGAUCACUUUUAAAGAACUUUUUCAACAAAUUUACUUAAAAUAGGAACCUAAGUGAAUGGCCAAUGGCCCUUCAGAAUGUUGCUUGGGCUCUUACCGGUAGGGGACUUAUGGAUUGCUUGCAAUACUAUGAUAAUUGCUUGUUGCCCUAGUAUUGCCCUAACACAGCACGGUAUCACACAGAUGUAAGAGUUGCUAGUUGCUGCCCGAUAUGCAGGUGCGACCUAAACCGGAAGUGACAUACAUAUAUCCGUGUGUAAAUUAUUGGUAGUUCAUGGUAACGAUAUUUUGCUGUCUUUCUUGUAAGAUGAUUUUUAUUUACGUACAUAUUAUGUUCGAAAUAAAAAAUCGCUGAUAGUGAUC